CCCCUCCCUCUCUCUUCCAUUUGAAACAAAUCUCUGAAAUUCUCAGCCUCUUCGAUUCGGUCUGGUAGUCAUCAUGAAUUUCUUAGCCCGAGCACUCAAAGCAAAAUGUUCACUAUUUACCCAUUCCUCACAGAGGCGUCUACUAAUCCCACACCCAGUAGCUAUUCUCCACCAUUCUUCACUCUACGCCACAAAAACCCCAAAAUCCAGAAAACCCACAACCCUCGAACCUCAACAGUCAUCAUCGUCAUCGUUAGAAUCGACUGAAUGGCCACGGCCUAGUGAGAUUCCAUGGCAAUCAAAGGUUGUUAAUACGGUGAAUUUGAUUGGCAAUGUUAAAAUUCCUGUACAGUUCCAAGCUUCUCCAGACGGCAAGUACUGGGCUGGCACUGUUAUUGCACAAAACGAUUCUGUUUCUUCUGAUUUUCCGUCUUUCUGGAUUCCUGUAAUAUUUGAAGGUGAUCUAGCGCACAUUGCUGCAUGUCAUCUGAAAGAAAAAGAUCGUGUUUAUAUAGCUGGACACCUUAGUGCAGAUCCUCCACCAUUUACAUUAAGUCAAGGUCAAGCUAAUGCACAGCCGGAGGAGGAUUGUGGGCUUGGACUUGAGUUGGUGGGUGCUGGACAAGAGAUAAGCGGGCGAAGGACUCCACGAGGUUGCGUAAGAGAUGGAGCAUGA